CUGUGGUUAUGGCGCUAUUACCGGUAUAUUCACAAGUCAUGUACCAGAUUUUGGUUUAUCAUGCGAAAUUGUAUCUACUUAAACCUGAAACCUAACCCUAAAUCCAUGAAAAGUGUGUCCAUAGGAAAAAUGUUCCAACUUACCCAAUAUUUAUCACCAUCAGGGGCAGCCCUGCCAUUACAGCCGACAUGCCAUGGUUAUGGCAGCAAAAUUUUACCCGCCUUUGGUUUUCAAUUUGUGGCCUUGGUAAAUGUAUCUCGCUAUUGGUUUGUGGAAGCUAAAAAGUCAGUUGUCAUAGGUUUGGUCAUAGAGGCCAUGGUUUGGAAAUCUCGUCAUGGUUUUGCGGCCGCUUCAUACGGCACGAAAUACUUGAAACUACAAGAAGCUGGGUCAAUCACUAAGUUAAGUCUCCCUGGAGAUUGUCUCAAUUUUCCACUUGAGCCAUUUCUAGUCCAAUUCAAAUCUAUUAAAUUUCUAGAGCCCCCACCCCAAAACUGCUAAAUACUGACUUUAUAUAUUCAUCAUUCCAAAGGUCGGUUUACUCAUAAAUUAGUUGAUUAUUUGCUUUAGCCUAAUUAAUAUUUUGGCAGAAAAUUUUUCAUUUUCUACAAAAAAGCAAGAAAAAUUUGAGGGGGAUUUGUGUAGCGGCAAAAUUCGAAGCCUUCAUGUCAUCUGACGGUUUCAACGAUAAAAAAUCUCCAGCUAACGACAACAAUAUAACAAACUCUCCUCCAAAAAAGUUUCGAAAAGUUGACGACACGACGGGAUCAAUUUGUACAAGAGAAUCAGUGAUAGUAGCUGUAACACCCGGAAUGGCUCAAAACGGAACAAAAAUGGCGGAAGACUCGAUCGAUGAGGGGUUGUAUUCACGACAGUUGUACGUACUCGGUCACGAAGCAAUGAAACGGAUGGGAGCUUCUAAUAUUUUCAUAAGCGGCAUGAAGGGCCUUGGAGUGGAGAUUGCAAAGAAUGUAGUUCUUGCUGGUGUGAAGUCUGUUACUAUUCAUGAUGAUGGCGUUACUGUUUUAUCUGAUCUCAGUUCGCAGUAUUUUUUGACUGAGCAAGAUGUUGGGAAAAGCAGAGCCGAGGUUUCGGUUGGGAAAAUUACCGAGUUAAAUUCCUAUGUUCCAGUCAAAGUUCACUCUGGUGAUUUAACCGAUGAAAUUUUGAAAAAAUUUCAAGUUGUUGUUCUUACAAAUUCUAACCUAGAAGAACAGCUCAGAAUUGGGGAUUUCUGCCACAACAACGGUAUUCGUUUCAUUGUUGCGGAUACUAAAGGUCUUUUUGGUCAAAUCUUCUGCGAUUUUGGUGAGAAAUUCGUCGUUUUUGACAAUAAUGGGGAACAGGUUAGAUCGGUUAUGGUAUCAGCUGUCACACAGAAUGAAAAAGGGGAAGGUAUUGUGGCUUGUAUGGACGAGACUAGACAUGGAUUCGAAAGUGGUGACCACGUUUCUUUUACGGAAGUCAAAGGAAUGGUUGAACUUAACGGAUGUCAACCAAGGGAAAUAAAGGUCCUUGGACCUUAUACUUUCACUAUAGGCAAUGUCAGCAAUUUGACUAAAUAUGAAAGUGGGGGAAUCUGUACUCAAGUUAAAAUGCCUACCCCUGUCAAUUUUAAAUCUCUCAGAGAAGCUAUGGCAGAACCGGAGCAAGUAAUUACUGAUUUUGCAAAAUGGGAACGUCCUGGCCAAUUACACGUUGCUUUCCAUGCUUUACAUAAGUUUGUCGCUGACAAAAAUAGUUUACCAAGAGCUCAGAAUAAAGAGGAUGCUGAUACUUUGGUACGAAUCACGGAAGAGUUGAAUUCGACUCUACCAGAUGGUGCCAAAGUGGAAAAAGUUGAUGAGAAGUUAGUACGACAACUUGCAUAUGGUGCACGAGGUGACCUUUGCCCUAUGCAGGCAGUAAUUGGCAGUAUCACUGCACAGGAAGUAAUGAAAGCGUGUAGCGGAAAAUUUAACCCAAUUAAGCAGUUCUUGUAUUUCGAUGCUCUUGAGUGCCUCCCAGAGGAUGGGGAGGAAAAAUUGGAUGAGGGAUCUUGUACAGCCAUUGGUGAUCGAUAUGACGCUCAAAUCGCAGUUUUUGGAAAAGAUUUUCAAAAAACCGUCGGUCAACAGAAAUAUUUUGUUGUCGGUGCUGGUGCCAUAGGCUGCGAACUUCUCAAAAAUUUUGCUAUGAUGGGUCUUGGAUUUGGAGAACGAGGGAAUAUCACUGUAACAGACAUGGACAUUAUUGAGAAAUCAAAUCUUAAUCGCCAGUUUCUGUUCAGACCAUGGGAUGUUCAGAAACUCAAGUCUGAAUGUGCAGCCGCUUCUGUCAAGAAAAUGAACCCCCAGGUUAACAUCAUUGCUCAUCAGAAUAGAGUUGGACCAGAAACUGAAAAAGUUUACAACGAUUCUUUCUUCGAAGAUCUCGAUGGUGUCACAAAUGCUUUGGACAACAUUGAUGCAAGAAUUUAUAUGGAUCGGAGAUGUGUGUAUUACCGUAAGCCUCUGCUUGAAUCUGGUACGCUCGGGACUAAAGGAAAUGUCCAAGUUGUUCUGCCUUUUCUCACAGAGUCUUAUUCUUCCUCACAGGAUCCCCCUGAAAAGUCUAUCCCAAUUUGCACGUUGAAAAAUUUCCCGAAUGCGAUUGAACAUACUUUGCAAUGGGCACGUGAUGAAUUUGAAGGGAUUUUCAAACAACCAGCUGAAACCGCUAAUCAAUUUCUUACUGAUGCAAAGUUUUUUGAACGAACCGAGAAACUGCCUGGAAUGGAACCUAUUGUUACAUUGGAGUCUGUUUUUUCCUCCCUUGUCUCGCAAUAUCCGAAAUCUUUCGUUGAUUGCGUGAAAUGGGCUCGUACGAGAUUCCAGGAGCAGUAUUAUAACAAUAUUGCGCAAUUACUACAUAACUUUCCACCAGACCAAAAAACAACAUCUGGUGCUAUGUUUUGGUCAGGACCUAAGAGAUGUCCCCAUCCUCUUGAAUUUGACGUGAAUAACGAAACCCAUUUUGAAUAUGUUUAUUCCGCUGCUCAACUAAAAGCUGAGAUGUAUGGGAUCAAGGAAAGAGCCAGCAAAGCUGCAGUUGCAAAGGAAAUUUUACCGACUAUUAAUGUUCCAAGAUUUCAACCGAAAUCGAAUGUUAAAAUUGCUGUGACAGAUUCUGAAGCACAGGCACAAUCUCAAGACUCAUCUUGGGACGAUAGCAAAUUUGAUUCAAUGAAAUCGUCUUUCCCAGAUCGUGACUCGUUUGGGAAAUUGAGACUCGUCCCGAUUGAGUUUGAAAAAGAUGACGACACCAAUUUCCACAUGGAUUUUAUCGUAGCAGCGUCAAAUCUGAGAGCGGAAAAUUAUGAAAUCGCUCCCGCAGAUAGAUUGAAAAGCAAGCUUAUUGCUGGUAAAAUUAUUCCGGCAAUUGCAACGACAACUUCUCUUGUUGUAGGAUUAGUUUGCCUUGAAUUGUACAAGAUAAUACAAGGUCACAAAAAAAUGGAAUCUUUUAAAAAUGGAUUCGUGAAUCUAGCAUUGCCAUUUUUCGGAUUUUCAGAACCGCUACCUGCACCAAAACUGAAGUAUUACGACACCGAGUGGUCACUGUGGGAUCGUUUUGAAAUUGACGGAAUCAAAUUAGCAAAGGAGGGAGAAUCAGAAAUGACACUGGGUGGUUUUAUGGAAUAUUUCCAAAAGGAAUAUAAUCUAGAAAUUACAAUGUUGUCUCAGAACGUAGCGAUGCUCUAUUCCUUCUUUAUGCAACAAAGUAAAAGAAAGGAGCGUCUGGCUACAAAAUUAAGUGAAGUUGUUCAGAAAGUUUCAAAGAAAAAGUUACGUUCUCAUGAAAAAGCUCUCGUUCUGGAGAUCUGCUGUAACGAUAAGACUGGAGAGGAUGUCGAAGUACCCUACGUUCGAUACGUCUUUCGUCAUUAACUUGACAGACAUUUGAAAAACUUUGCUGCAUGUAGUCUAUGUAUUUUUUUCUUAUUAGGUAACUCAAUAACCAGAGACGUUGAAACUACAAAUAUAUUGUAGUUGUAUAGUUAAUUGUACAGGCCAAUCUAGCAAAUUAUAACCCUUUUUAAGUGGUUCAAAAUGAUUGAGAUAAAUGCAUCUUACCAUUAAAAAUCA